ACUAUUCUUUGCCGACUCAUAUUGAAUAAAUGAAGUUAAUUUCAAAUGUAUUUAACCUGACCACCCCCAUAAAUGGAAAUAGCACCUUCUCGGAGUAUCACUACGCAAUCGGAGUACUCUACUACACCCGUAAUAAUAGUUGCACACGCUGAGACAGCUAUUAUGUAUCGUGUUUACGUGGGAAACCUAGAUCCAGCCGUGGAAGAGGGAACGCUGAGGGGCCUGUUCGAGGAGCACGGUAUCGCGAUUGGGACAAUUCUAAAGAAGAGAAACUACGCUUUUAUUGACUGUGCAGAUCAGUCCAACGUUGAACGAGCUAUUAGUCAGUUGCAUGAUUACAAUCUACUUGGAUCCACCAUGCAGGUAGAAGCAUCCACGUCCAGAAGAAGGUACCAUGACGAGAAGAGCAAUAAAAUUCAAAUCCAGAACUUGCCAGUCCACAUAAAGAGGGACGAAGUGGAAGCCUUAGUGUCGGGUCUCGGCAGUCUACUCAGGUGUGAACAAGGACCCGAGGGACUUGUUUAUGUAACAUUUGAAACACAAGAGCAGGCUCAACAGGCAGUUUCAUCACUGAAUGGUUUAGAAUACCAAGGAAUGGGUCUCAGAGUUGAAUUGGCAGGAGGAAUGGGUCAUGGCGGAGGAGGAGGAAACAAUCGCUUACGUAGAGGAGGACCAAGAAUGGCCAAUCAAAAUUCAGGGAUGAACCGUCAAGAACUCCCUCUCCGGAUGCUGGUAGGAAGCGAGUAUGUUGGAGCCAUCAUUGGGAAACAAGGGCAGACAAUUCACAAUAUUACAUCAGAAAGUCGAGCCAGAGUAGAUAUUCAUAGACGAGACGGCCUGUCCACCGACACUUUGGUCACCAUCAAAGGUAGCCCUGAGAAUAGUUCUAAAGCAUGCAAAGAAAUCAUGAAAAUUGUGGAAUCAGAAGCACAGUCACUUAACAAGGGAGAACCACCUUUGAAAGUACUUUGUCCCAAUAGCCUCUGUGGGAGGAUCAUUGGAAAACAAGGCAAUGUCAUCAAAAGUUUCAUGGAACAGACGAGUACACACAUUGUGGUUUCUAGUGCAACAGACAUGAACAAUUUUUUCGUUGAUCGUGUGAUCACGAUUACUGGGAGCCCAGAUAAUGCAUCAAAAGCUGAGGCACUCGUUUCGGAAAAAAUGAGGAAGUGCUUUGAACAAGACACACAAAACUAUAAUACACAGAUGGGUAUGUUUGGUGGAAUGCCUCCUAUGCCCAAUAUGAUGCCUCAAUACAAUUACCAAAGACAACCACACUACCCUCCUUAUCAGAUGCAGGGUGACGGAUUUUACUACGGCCAAGGCCCGCCCCAGCAGGAGCUGGAAGUGACGUACUUGUAUAUUCCCGAGAGUACAGUGGGGGCAUGUAUAGGCAGCAAGGGAUCCAACAUCAAGGAAAUCAUGAGACUCUCUAGUGCCAGAAUUAAGAUUGAAAAUCCACAGAUUCUUCCUGGAAAGAAUGGUGAAAUGAACGGGGAGAGGAAGGGUCCCUCUCCACCACUAGACGAGAGAAAGGUCAUCAUCACUGGCACAGCCGAAGCCCAGUGGAAGGCUCAGUUUUACGUGUUUGACAAGAUAAAAACCGAAGGAGGAUUCCAGAGAAUAGAGGAAGUGCACCUGCGGUCGGAGGUGAUGGUCCCCAGAAGCAUGAUUGGUAGAAUUAUAGGAAAAGGAGGACAAAAUGUUCGUGAAAUGCAGAGAGUCAGUGGUGCAAUAGUCAAAGUUCCUGACCAGAAUUCUCAAAGCCAACAAGAUGGGGAUUUGGAGGUAGCCGUUUCUAUUAUUGGACAUUUCUAUGCUAUGCAGCCAGCAAUGAGAAGAAUUCGAUCAUUGGUUAAUCCUCGCCCCCAGCAGGGCCCUGGCCUCAUGUCAGGACAGCAACGACGACUACAACCAAGGAAUCAGCAGAACGGGAAAUGAGUGUUGUAGAUAGUGGUGUGUUCAGUCAGGGGUGGGAAAUGUUUAAUUGUUGGGUGUCCAACGUAAGGAUGGUCACUUAUUUUAUGCUCUAGUGAAAACGGAUUGGAUUUGAAUCCAUAGAGAGAUAUUUUCGACAUUUCCAAGUUGCCAAAUAGUUUUUAGUUUGAGUUUGAAAUUUAUUAUAAUUUGAAGGAAAAAAUUAUGGAAACUGACUAAUGGGUUGGGGGUGGGUGAAAAAUGAACAUGUUUUAAUAUGUAAGAUACUUUUUACUAGAAAGGGCAUUAAUUUAUGAGGUUCAAUGCAAAUUGUACCCCUUUUGAAAUGUUCGUAAAACCUUAUUUGGGGGUAGAAAUUUUAUGUUGUUCAUUGUUGGGUAGAUUGCUUGCUUUUUAAAGCAAGCAUUGGGGUAGGAACAAAUGUGUUUAUUGGGCCAGUAUUGAUUUUUUUUUUAAUAUUGGCCAUUUUUUUGUAAUAAAUUUAUUUUUGAUACUUGUUGACAGAAUUUUUUGUUAGAAUUUUUAUGACCUGUUGAAGGGACAAGCUUUUUUUAUUGUCCAUUAUAUUGCAUAAAAAAGAAUGAAAAAAGAAUAUCUUUAUUUCCACCAAGACAUUCUAUAAACACUACAUAUAUACGACUUCAAGCCAAACAGGUCUUAAAACUGACAAAGAAUUGUAUAGCUCUGUAUUACUCUGGACACUUGAAAUGUCUAAAAUACUGUGUCUACAAAUCAAGCUGUUACUCCAUAAGAAUAGAUUUCAUCUGGCUCCAUCACCAUUAACAGAGAAGUACAUGUAUAUCGAAUCUAAAGUAUCAAUAUUUUUGAGUCGGUAGAAAAUGUUGAUCAGAUUAGGUUUGAGAUAUUCAAUAUAUUUUUGAAGUAUAGUGUGAUUUUGAUAAGUUAAGGACAUGAACCUGAUCUCUGUGUGUGGUCCUGGAGCCUGAUCUUGUUUCCUCAGAUGUAAUGGUUGAUUUGUAAGUAGCAAAACAAACUGGAUGCUCUGUUUAUAAACGUACCUAAUAGAGGUAAAAAUUCACAAAGUAUGUGAAAUCACGAGGAGCCAAUCAGUGUAUUGAAACAUUGAAAAGGAGAAUAAUUAAAUGAUGAAAUGUACAAAAUUCCUAGCUAAUAUUUUAAUUGGAUGGGAAUUUCAGUGCAAUAUGCACGUUUUUUCCAAUAUACAAAUCGACAUCCAGUUGGAAAUGUGACUUAUACCUAUCCGAUUUAGAUGGAACUGUAAAAUAUGGUUAAUGAAAAUUGCCAAAAAAAAACUUGUUGUUUGUUGAGUAUAUCUUUUGGAUGUAGUUUCAAUUUGUAAUGUUUGACUGCAGUUACAGACCGUUCUCUUAGUUUAUUGAUGGAGUUGAAAACUUGUGCUUUUUUAUUUGAAAUUUCAAAUGUUCCCAUUUAUUUUAUUUUCCCAGUAAAACGAUUUUUCUUGUGACCUUUAUGCUUAAAAAGAAGUCAAGUCUUUGAUCUUAAACUAAUGGACAAUUCAAUAUUGGGAACAUAUAAAACUACCUCAAUAUGUUUUGAUUUUAAGGUUGUGUCAAAGACUUGGCUUUGGAAAAGCCACAUGUAUAAAACAGUGAACCUGUAUACAGUAUACCUGAAUUGUUGCAAUAUCAUGCAUUGUCUGUUUUGUAUUUAAUGUAUCAUAGUUCAAAGAUUUAAGACACACACUUUGUGUACUCUGAAUGAAAAAAAAACCAAGAAACAUUUUGAUUGUGCACAUUUGGUCGCAGCCUAUAAUCAGUUGUCUUUUAUAAACUGGGUGUUCCUAAAUACCCAGAAUCCGCCAAUAUAUCAGUAGUCUUCGAUAAACUGGGUGUUCCUAAAUACCCAGAAUCUGACUUUUCUACUUCAGUAUUCCCCCGUAGCUUGUGUACAGGAUCUUGUAUUACUAGUGUAUUGCCCUGUCUUCAUAGCAAUGACUGCAUUAAAGAUUAAAACUUGUGGAUUCUACAAUGAACUCUUCUGUGUCUUUAAGGCAUUAUUGCUGGGUCUUUAUGGCAUUAUUGCUGUGUCUUUAAGGCAUUAUUGCUGUGAAGACAUGACCAGGAGCUGCAAUACUUCAGUGUUUUUCCCCAUUUUAAUAUUUUGAUUGUUUCCUUGUAUUAACAAACCAUUACCGUGUACAGAUUUAUUAUGUUAGGGAUGACCACAGAACAACAGAAAUGCUAUCAAAGCUCUGGCAGAUAUUUAAAUAUGAAAAGGGGGGCUUGGAUAAAAGUGGGCUUCAAAACUAAAUGAAUUAAACUGAUAAAUUUUGUCCAAGUCAACCUUCUGGUUUAAACAGGUAAAUGUUGAUUGAUGGCUAGAGAACAUGAUUUUAGGGUAGAGUAAGUGUUUUUAUAGAGACUUUUGAUGUAAAACACUUACAGCACUACAGUGUAGCAGGAUCCAGUAGAAUUACAAAGAAAUUUUACUGAGAUGCCGGUUUGUAGAUCAUGUUUUGACUUGCUAGCCAUUUUCAGUAAACACAGACCCUACUAUUUCUGUUGAGCCAACUGUACAUUGCUAUUUAGAAUGUGUUCUUUAUAUAUUAUACAAUACAGUUGUCAGCUCCCGUGUUCUGAUGCACUCUGAUCAGGUUGCAGUCAGCCAGUUCGCAAUAUUGUCUCCCUUUUCUUACGGAAAUAAAAUUAUUCUAGUUCAUUGAA